GGGCUUCAUGUUACAGGCCUUAUAAGGGCCAGGGCCCCUGUGUCUCUGCUCACCUCGGCUAUUCUUAGGCUGUCUGUCCCUCGCCCUCAGCAACUCUGCAGAGGUUCCACAGCACCUGACCCACCCACCUACAAGCACCACCAUCACCACCACCCAGGGGUGUUUGUCCUGAGAGCUGGGAGCAGACAGGGAGUGACGGUAGUGAAGCCAGGGCUGACAGAGAAGAAGCCGGACAAAAGGAUAGCAGGAGGAGGACGGAGAUCAAGGGCACACCUAGCAGGAGGAGAAACCACACAGCCGGCAGGAGUUGUUUCCAGGAGGACGUUUAACCCGAAGAUGAGUUCGUACACAGUGACUCUGAAUGGCCCGGCUCCAUGGGGCUUCAGACUACAGGGAGGAAAGGACUUCAACAUGCCACUUACCAUCUCCAGGAUAACUCCAGGCAGCAAGGCAGUGGGUGGCAGCCUGGCCCAGGGCGACAUCAUCUCAGCCAUCGAUGGGGUCAGCACCGAUGGGAUGACACAUCUGGAGGCCCAGAACAAGAUCAAGUCUGCCACCAACAAACUGUCACUCACCAUGCUGAAAUCAAGACGUCCUCCACCAGUUCCCACAGCGACUCCAAGGAUGGACUCACCCAUGCCAAUCAUCCCCCACCAGAAGGUUAUCGCAAACACAGCUGCAACUGUGGAGUACACUCCCAGCUUCAACCCCAUAGCUCUGAAAGACUCGGCCCUGUCCACCCACAAGCCCAUUGAGGUGAAGGGUCCGGGUGGAAAGGCCACUAUUGUUCACGCCCAGUACAACACACCAAUCAGCAUGUACUCACAGGACGCCAUCAUGGACGCCAUCGCAGGGCAGUCGCAGGCCAAGGGACAUGACGGUGAGGAGGCAGGCUCCCCCCUGGCUGGCGCUCUGCCUGUCAAGGACCCGGUGGUAGACUGCGCGUCUCCGGUUUACCAGGCAGUGAUCAGGCCAGGAGAAACAACCCAGGAUAUGUCUGAAUGGGCUCGUCGUGCUGCCAACCUGCAGUCCAAGAGCUUCAGGGUCCUGGCCCACAUCACUGGCACUGAAUACCUGCAAGAUCCAGAUGAGGAAGCCCUGGCGAAGUCGAGAGAGAGGUUUGAGUCAGAGGUGAAAGGGCCCCGUUUUGCCAAGCUGAAGAACUGGCACCAGGGACUGUCUUCACAGAUCCUCAACGUCCAGGAAUAAAGAGGAGGAGACGAGAAAAAAGCCAGAGAAAGAGAGAAAGAGGACAUGUAAUGGAGGACAUGGACAAAAGCACAGGAGUUAACAGGAAGAGGGGAGAAAUUAUGGAGGAGGAUUAAAAAAAAAGGUGCAGGAGGGGGAGAAAACUCCUCAGGAAUGUGAGAUAGAGUUGCCUAGAUUAGUAGAAUGUGAGAUACUAACUGUUAGCGUGAGAAUGCUAUGUGUUCAUAAGCUCGAUAUUACGUGUCAAAUAUGUCUGUCCGCUGCUAAGACCUGAUCUCGCAUUUGGGUUUUUCUUUUCUUUCUUUGUUUCCUGUUUGUUUGGGUUCUGUCUCUCUUAAACGAAAGGGGAAAUUGUACAAAAAAUUAAUGAAAAUGCAGAACUGAUGAUGUUUGUCUUUUAGUACAUAAACCGCAUUUGCAAACAUUAUGAAUAAUAACACUAUAAGCACGCUUGUUAGAAAGGCACACAUGGACAAAUACACACAUAGAGAUUUACCUACAUGCACACAUACAGUAUGUAAAAAAAUGCACUCAAAAAAUGUACCGAUAUCAAUGUGAAUAAAUGUUUUCUUAAAAC